AACCACAGCCAAUAUACAGAUUCAUCCAUGGCAUUCUCAUUCUGAUAUCUCUCUCUCUCUCUCCAUACGAGGUAGAUGUCACUUGUGGCCUCCUCGCUCUCAAGCCUAAGAUGCACUCUCUCCGGCUGAGACCCCCGCUACCACCCUCUUCUUCGUCGCCGCCGCCGCCGCCGCCGCCGCUGUCGCCGUCGUCAUCGUCGUCAUAUCUCGUGUACAACCUCCAUUUCGCGUCCCCGCCUUGCUCCUUCCUCUUCAGCUUCAGACCCAACAAGCGCUUCCACUUCCUCAAGCCAUGCUCGUCCCUCAAGCAGACCAAGAAGCGGCAGUCGCUCCAGAAGACGAGCGCCCCGCAGAGCCUCAAGUGGUUCUUCGGCCCCAAGGGCGACGGGGACGACGAGAAGAAGCCGCCGCAGCAGCUCCAGGGAGAGGGAGAGGGCGAGGGCGAGGGCGGCGGCGCGUUGGAAGGUGACGCGGCGGUGAAGGGGACCAUCUUGGCCGGCGUGUUGCUGGUGGGCGUGGUGGGCGGGUUCGGCACCGUUGGGUACGUGUACAGGGACCAGAUCAACGCCUUCUUGACCCAGUUCUCUACCUUCAUUGACGGUUAUGGCCCAGCAGGAUAUGCUCUAUUUGUAGCUGUUUAUGCUGGUCUAGAAAUCCUUGCAAUCCCCGCAAUCCCUUUAACAAUGUCAGCUGGACUUCUUUUCGGUUCCGUAAUUGGCACAAUCAUUGUCUCCAUCAGUGGAACGGUGGCUGCAAGUGUUGCUUUUCUCAUUGCCAGAUAUUUUGCUAGGGAGCGAAUUCUUAAGUUAGUUGAAGGAAAUAAGAAAUUUCUUGCAAUUGACAGAGCUAUUGGGGAAAAUGGCUUCAGAGUCGUUACCCUUCUGCGUCUGAGCCCUUUGCUUCCAUUUUCUCUUGGGAAUUAUUUGUAUGGACUCACAUCUGUCAAAUUUGUCCCAUACGUAUUGGGAAGUUGGUUAGGAAUGCUUCCAGGAACGUGGGCAUAUGUUAGUGCUGGUGCUUUCGGGCGAGCGAUCAUUCAAGAAGAAUCCGAGAUUGGUUUAGCUGGAGGAAAUGGUCAGCUGCUGACCCUUGGGCUUGGACUUUUGGCCACUGCAUUAGCGGCAACCUAUGUGACCAAGCUUGCAAAGGAUGCCGUGAAAGACAUCGAGUGAUCGCCGGUCGCUGGUCAGACCGUAGGUGGGAAACUGUAAAAUUAAGGAUGAACUUAGCCGCAUGUAAAGAUAUAGCAAAGUCGCAUUCUCAGUGAAAUCAGAGUAGAUUUCUGUUCAUCCCUCCAUUUUUGUUCCAACUACUAACGUGCUUCCCAUUUUUGACCUUUCCUGUAAUUAUAAAUAUAUAGCUAGAAAGUCCAUGAUGAUUUUAUUUC